UCCGCUCCUCUCCCUUCCCACCACCAGCGCGCAUCUCUUUUCCUCCCGCUUCACCCACCUCUCCCCCUCCACGGCCAUGGCCAUGGAGACCACCACCACCACCGCCUCAUACACCAUCUCCUCUAGCCCUCGCGCUAGCUAGCUUCUUCCCUAGCCCGACGCUGUAAGUAGUAUAAACAUAACCGUACGUUACGUGCAUAGGUGCAGAGCAGAGAGAGGGUACUAUAUACAUACAGGAAAGAGGAAGGUGAGGGAGAUGAUGCUGGGCAAGAGAUCCGGGAGGAAGGCGCCCUCGCGGCGCCCGAUGCAACGUACAACAAGCAUGACGGAGUUCGCGCCGCCGGACGUGUUGGCGGACGUGGCCGAGGAGGAGGACGAGGAGCUGCAGCUGCCGGUGCACGCCGAGGAGCAGGCGGAGGACCCCUACGGUUGGGCCGUCGGAGGGACCGCUGCGGCCGGGAGGGCGGACUGGCUGGCGGCGUACCGAGCCCGCGCGGCGCCGGCGCUCCGGCGGAACUCGGCCGACUUCUCGGCCGCCGAGACCGCCGCGUUCCUCCGCGCCUGCGGGCUCUGCAAUCGCCGCCUCGGCCCCGGACGCGACACCUUCAUGUACAGGGGGGACACGGCGUUUUGCAGCCUGGAGUGCAGGCAGCAGCACAUAACGAUCGAGGAGUGGAAGGAGAAGUGCGCGCUCGCGCCGCCGCCGUCGGCACCGGCGUCCAUGGCAGACCCGGUGGCGCCCGACAAGUCCAGCGCGGGCCCCGACAAGUCCGGCGCCGCCGCCGCCGCCGGAGCCUGACCGAGGCGAUGAGCUAGCUGGACCGCCACGUACAUACAUACACAUAUCUAUGUGUCAGCCUGGCCGCGCGCGGACCACCAUGCGUGGAGCUAUCAGCUAUGUAAUACUAUUCAUCUGCGCGCAUGCCUGCUCUCCCCGCAUGAAUUUGCAUUUUGAUGAUCAGUCCGGCGAUCGGCCUUCGCCAUGCAUGAUUUUGUCAUGAAUCGUACUACUAGUUACUAUCAACUUUCGAAACACCUUCGCAUAUUGUCCAUGGCGACAGUAGAUCGACCGAUCAGGCUUGAUUCCUCUUGUCCUUGUCAAGAUGCGAGCCACAUGUUGUAUGCUUCUGUUCA